GUUCUGAUCAAACAGGAAAGGAGAAAGCAAAAGGAAUAUUUUGAAAAGAACAGGUUAAAAUCAAAAAGGGAAUUACUGGGAGUUUCAUCCCCUGUCAAAAAUUCCACCAUCAGUUUAGACCUUCUUAACCUAUAUAUGGUAAAUCAGAUAUCUUGCAAGAAGGAAACACAUGAAACUGUGAGAAAACCAGUCCAUGUGAAUAUGAAUAGAGACAUAAAAAUGCCCUUAAGAAAUUAUGAUUUAGAACUUCCAAUGUCGCCUCACUGUGUACCUUCUCAGCUCUGCCUUGAUGAUACAGAAAACAAUAUAAACUAUCAAAGAGUAGGUAGCAAGGAAGAACUUGGCCCAGUUCAGUCGUCACAAGUCAUGGACUCAUGUAGUAUGUUUGAACCUCAGUUCAGCAGAGUAGAAAACUGCAGUUUCACUCCACCAUCUUUUGCAGCAGAAUUAUCUUCAUCUUCUAGCAGACAUAUUCCAAAACUAAAUUUAACUCCCAGAAUAGCACCCAGUGCUCAGAGAGUUGCAUAUGAAAAAAAGCAGAAUGAGCAGCUCAGUCAUGUUAACCGUUCUGAUUCCUUGGUUUCCAAAUUGAGUGAGAGUCAGGAUAUUUUCAGUCCAUCUUAUAAAACAGCACAAUUUGGAACAUUAUUUGAAAGAUUAAACAGUCCAGGAAAUAGGAAUUUCCUUACUGAAAGCUCUGCCAUAAUUAGGGUUGAAGAUUGUGGAAGCAUGGAUGAAACAAGACCGAUGAAUUUCAUUACUGAACAGCAAUCAGAACAACAUAUUUGGGAAGAAAAUGGAAAAGAGGUUUCAAAUUUUCUUGAUGAUUUGAACCAGCCAACUCCUGGCCUUCUAUCAGAGAACUGUGACUCUUUCAUUAGUCAAAAUAUGAUCAAUUUAUUAAAUAUCGAUCAAGAAAGGAUGAAGAAAACCUUUGACGAGUGUGAUUAUGAUAGUAUGGGAGAUAUUUGUGUAGCCACUGGUUCUAUUAAAAACCAGUCCUCUGAUAGACUCAUUAGAAACAUUUUUACAGUUCCAGAGUUGACUUUUAGUAAUUCAACUUUUAAUAACAUAAGUUAUCCAGAAAAAUGUCAGCCAAACAAGAACUAUCAGAAAGAGUACAACAAUAAUGAAAGAAGUGAUCUUAGUACAUCUUUUGAGAAGGAUUAUUACCCAACUGGCUCUGUAAAAAAAGGAAAACUUGAAAAUGAUUACCAAGAGAAGACACUACAGAAAAAUACCCGGAAACAUCUAGUGAAUUCUAUGGGUAAUAUCCCUUUGGAAGAAUUGCACUCUAAGCAAUCGUGGGACUUCGGACUUGGCGAGAUUCUGAUGGAAGAAGGAGGAACAUGUUCUUUAAAGGGCAGGCCAACAUCUACUAAGAAAAUGUGUCUUGAUUCUUCACUAAGUAGUCAGUCUACUGGUUACUCUCCAAGGACAACAAAUAGUUGUUUCAGCUCUAGUUCAGACCUAGUAUCUGAAGAUGAAGAUCAAAUAUCACAGCAAAUUGAAGAUUCAAAUAGGAUAUCCAUUGAAACCAAAGAAAUAACUGAUAAUUUUUAUCUAGAAAGGAUGGCAAAACUUUCAAGUGAUAGAGUUGUUAAAAACAAUGCCAAAAUGCACAAACAGAAUGAAAAUUUUCACCAAUUCUCAAUGAAAAAUAAUACAGAUCAGUUUCCACAGUCUCAGUGCAAUUCAGCACCCAUAUUGCAAAACAAAACCAGUAACAACUGCAUUCUGCAGGUUGCAAGAUAUGAUAUAGCGGUACAAACAGACAGUGAACUUGCAAUGGAAAAAAAAUUAGAUGCUGCCGUACAAUGUAUUAUAAUUUCAAAAUGUACUUGUAGCAGUGAUAUUUCUGUUUGCAAUAAUGAAAGGUGCAGUGAAAAUAUUAAGGCAGACACCACUGGGGGGCAGGAAAUCCUUAAAAACAACUAA